GAUAUGUCUGCUGCCAGCUGUCUGCUAUCUGAAGAUCAGUUUCUGUGCUCCAUCUGUCUGGAUGUGUUCACUGAUCCAGUCAGCACACCAUGUGGACACAACUUCUGCAAAAACUGCAUCAAUGAACACUGGAACAGUAAUGACCAGUACCUGUGUCCAAUGUGUAAAGAGGUUUUCAACACAAAACCUGAGCUUCACAUCAACACAUUGCUCAAUGAGGUUGUUUCUCAGUUCAGACAGGAAGCUCAACAGAAAGCCAGCAGCAGCAGCUUGUUGCUACGAGCUGACAAACCAGGAGAAGUUCCCUGUGACGUCUGUACUGGAACCAAACUGAUGGCCCUGAAGUCCUGUCUGGUGUGUCUGACCUCCUACUGUGAGACUCACCUGGAGCCUCAUCUGACAAUGUCAGGCCUGAAAAGACAUCAGCUGAUGGACCCUGUGGAGAACCUGGAAGACAGGAUGUGUAUGAAGCACGAUAAACCUCUGGAGCUGUUCUGUAAGACCGACCAGACAUGUGUCUGCAUGCUCUGCUCUGUUUUAGGCCACAAGACACAUGACGUUGUUCCACUGAAACAAGAAUAUGAAAGAAAGAAGGCAGAGCUGGGGAAGACAGAGGCUGAUAUUCAGGAGAUGAUCCAGAAGAGACGACUGAAGAUUGAAGAGAUCAAACACUCAGUUGACCUCAGUGAGGAAGCUGCAGACAGAGAGAAAGCAGAAGGUGUUCAGGUCUUCACCGCUCUGAAGGAGUCUGUUGAGAGAAGCCUGAAUGAGCUCAUUGAGACAAUUGAAGAGAAACAAAGAACAACAGAGAAACAGGCUGAAGACUUCAUCAAAGAGCUGGAACAGGAAAUCUCUGAGCUGAAGAAGAGAAGCUUUGAGGUGGAAAAGCUCUCACACUCUGAAGACCACCUCCACCUCCUCCAAAACUUCCCGUCCCUGAAAGCUGCUCCACCCACCAAAGACUGGACAGAGGUCAGCGUCCGUCCACCAUCAUAUGAGGGGACUGUGGUGAAAGCUGCGGCUCAGCUGGAGGAGACGCUCAGUAAACAGAUGAAGAAGCUGCUUGCUCAGGUUGAUCUGGAGAGGGUCCAGCAUUAUGCAGUGGAUGUGACUCUUGAUCCUGAUACAGCACAUCCUGAUCUCAUCCUGUCUGAUGAUGGGAAACAAGUAAAUGAUAGUGAUGUGAGGAAGAAACUCCCAGACAACCCAGAGAGAUUUUUUAAAUGUUGUUGUGUGUUAGGAAAGCAGAGUUUGUCUUCAGGCAGAUUUUACUUUGAGGUUCAGGUUAAAGAGAAGACUGACUGGGAUUUAGGAGUGGCCAGAGAGUCGAUCAACAGGAAGGGAAACAUCACAAUGAGACCUCAGGAUGGUUUCUGGGCUAUAUGGUUGAGAAAUGGAAAUGAGUACAGUGCUUGUGAAAACCAGUUAGUCUGUCUUUCUCUAGAGUCUCAGCCUCAGAAGGUGGGGGUGUUUGUGGAUUAUGAGGAGGGUCUGGUCUCCUUUUAUGACGUAGAUGCUGCAGCUCUUAUCUACUCCUUUACUGGCUGCUCCUUCACUGAGAAACUCUACCCAUUCUUCAGCCCCUUUUUAAAUAAUGGUGGUAAAAACUCCGCCCCUCUGAUCAUCUGUCCUGUCAAUCAAACUGAGUAA